AUGGGAUGUGGACAAACUAAAUUCAAGCCUCAUUACAUUCAAAACUACGAAUUAGUGGAGCUGUUUGGUGGACCUAUGAAUGAGGAAAAAACUGAAUUCAAACCAAAAAAGUAGUUACUUCUUGAGUAGAAGUAGAUUUUUGAUGAUAUGAGGUUUAUUGAAAAGGCAACUUCAUUUCAUUUAGAUAGAAUCGAAGUAUUUAUGAACGAGGGACUUUGUUGUGGAAUAGGAGUUACAUUUAACCUAGAUGGACUGGUCUUUAACAAAAAUCACAAGGGAACUAAAUUACCAAAGACUAGCUAUGAACUCUAACUUGCUUAAAAUGAAAACAUUGAGUUCAUUCAAGUCAAUUACUCUGACGAAGGAAUCCAUGAUAUCAUUCUCAAAAGUAACUUAGGGAAUAUGCUGGUAAUGGAUGAUGAGUAUGGAAAUGAUGGGGAUCUUUAAACAGUUGAAUAUAAUUUAGGAGAUGAUCACGAUGCAUUAAUUGGAUUCAAAGGUAUGGCAGAUGACUAUAUCACUAAGCUCUCUUUCUACAAAGCUACUAGAGUGGAUGCACCAAUUUCAUAGUUAAGGACCCAAGCAACAAGGAAAAAAUAACCGAUGAGAUUAUCAAGUAAUAUUGAUGGAGUGAGUGGUGAAGAAGAUGAUGAUGCCGGAUUAAAUCAUACUAAAUCCCCGCCUAAAAUGAGGACUGCUGGCUAAUAGAGAUAUUAAAAGCCAAUCCUCGAGGACAUUUGA